AUGUCAAUCCGCUCUCCAGCUCUUCUGCUCGUCCUGGUCGUGACACUGCUCGGAUACUCGACAAGCGUCGCUACCGGUAUCAUUCCGACGCCUAUCAUCGGAGACGCCCUCUUCGAGGACAUCACGACACCGGCGCCGAUCAUCGGUGAGGCCCUGUUCGAGGACAACUCCAACCUCACCGACCCCAACAUCACUCGGCACCUGCAGGCGGCGUACCCGCCCAACGGCUUCCAGACUGAAAUGCUCAACGCUGUCAACAAGGAGCGCACCUCCAGGGGAUUGAACGCGCUGUGCAUGAACAAGAAGCUGGAGAAUGCCGCCCAGGGCCACUCGAACGACAUGGCCGCCCACAACUACAUGAGCCACAAGGGCUCGGAUGGCUCGACGAUGUCGCAGCGCAUCAAGGCUGCGGGCUACAAGCGCACCGCCUGUGGAGAGAACGUCGCGGCUGGACACACCUCCGUGGAGCAAGUGAUGGCGGCGUGGAUGGCCUCGAAGCACCACCGCGACAACAUUCUGCGCCCCAAGUUCACCAUGUUCGGCUGUGGAUACGCGUACAAUGAAGACUCUACGUACCAACACUACUGGACGCAGAACUUCGGAGCCAGCAAGGUCGAGCAGUGCUCGUGA